GCCAGCGCCGUCACCGGGACCCGACGCGCCCAGCGGGGCUCGCCACCCUCACUCGCUCUCAGCUACGCUCCCUCCCAACGCCCCCGUCAUCAUAGCAAUUAUAUCCGCCGUCCCUCAUCAUUAUAAAUGUUACGAGGGACUACACACACAGAACAGUGACUGUCAUUAUCACCUCUAAACUACCAUUUAAUGCUUGGAGUGGCUGACUGUGCCUUGUUUACAGGCCAGAGACGAGACACUUAAGUGAGAGAAGUCAGAGGGGGUGAGUAGACGACUGUGAAAACAGCAGUAGUAGUGUUGAGGGCACCGUGUUCUGGGGUCAGGCACUGUGUCGGGGCACCGUGUCCUGGGGGUCAGGUGGAGUGCCAGGCACUGUGUCAGGGCACCGUAUUCUGGGGGUCAGGUGGAGUGCCAGGUACUGUGUCAGGCCACCGUAUUCUGGGGGUCAGGUGGAGUGCCAGGCACUGUGUUCAGGGCACCGUGUUCUGGGGGGGUCAGGUGGAGUGUCAGGCACUGUGUCAGAGGGUCACCACGCCGGCCACCACACAUCACCCACGCUAACAAGGUGAGGUGGUGGUGGUGGCGGCAACGCUGGCUGGGAGCCUCAACAUCACUUCUCAACCCCUCGAAGUCGGUCCAGACCGCCUCGGAGCGCGCGGGACCUUCAGCAAGCAGCGACGGAGGCCACGAAGAACCUGCCGUGGGAGAUUGGCGCCCACAAAGGCUCUCGAGUAGACUUCUCUGGUUUUGAUGUUAAAAGAUUUCCUUCAGAAACCUUCCCAGUCUUUUUAAGAGUUUCUGCAUUAUUGACGCGAGUCCCUGGAGAGUCCUGGAUAUGAAAGAUAAAAUUUUUAUGUCCACAAAGAAUCUUUAUGUAGUUGAAGAUUCUCGAGUACUUGUGAGAGCGACAUAAGGGCUAAAGGGGAUCGACAGAGCGUUCUGGAGGACCUGGUCCACGGUAACAGGUAGGCUGAGUGCAGCUCGAGUGAGUGUGUGUGUGAGGGCACUCGUGGCAGGGAGCAAGAGUCUCACCGCUCAUGACUGAUGGAAGGUGUGGAAGAGUGUUGAGAGAGACGCCGCCCAGUGGACAGCGCACAUAAGUACUGCAGGUAAUUGGAAAAUAUUCAAGAUAGACUUCCAGAAAGUGUUCUUCUGAUAACCAGAAACCGUGAUGUGUCUGUCACAUUAACUGAUCGUGUGUUACAAGAUUUUAUCAUAGAAACUAUAGGUUUUUCAAAUAAGACGGAGGGUUAGAAAAGGUGGUCAAUAGUGACAAUCUAAGAGAUGACUUACGUCAAGGUACAGUAAACCAGGCACAGCUGCAGUAGAGUGGUAUCCCUGUAGUGUGUGUGUGUGUGUUGGUCACAGUUGCAACAUGCAUGGAUCACCAGGGUCUUGGAAGACGUGAUGCACGCACCAGGCGCUUCACUUUACCACUCAGGACACACUUCCUUGUCUUACCCAGCGGGAUCCAUCACCCUAUCUCACCUCCCAGAACCCACCUUCCCGCUCUACCUACCUACCUACCCUGCGACCAUCUCCCAGGUCGACCUCCAAGUUCUCCAACACUUCACUGAAUCGUCACCAGACUCUGGAAAUGGGGAAGAUCUAGAUGAGUUGGAUCUCUUAAAGUCCCCUCCUGGAGCUUAUCAGGCGAAGAGAGAGCACGGGGUAGAGCUGUAUAAGCAGUUAGUGGAAGCAGCGGAGAGCGCCCCAUCACUAGACAACAAGACGGGGAAGUGCGGGACCCAGGAACGUAUCCCAUCUAGCGCUAGCCAACACCAAGAGAGAGUAUCGGAGGGGCUUCUUUCAUCUUGUGGCGAAUGUAAUGAAAGCGGGGGAGCUGACCGGUCCUCGGGUAGCGGUAAGAACGGUCACAAUACGAACAUGAUAACGUACGUGGCUGAGAAACCAGAGUUGUUUCGGCUGAACUUACAGUCGGAGAGAGCAAUGAACGAUGAACACGCGAGGCAGAUGACGUCUGACGUUGGCGAGAGGAAGAGCGGACAGUCUGCUCACGGCUACGGGCGUGAGCAUCACCCUCCCGCGUUUAAUUUUCAGUCUCUCGAGUCGUCGCUCCUGGCGUCAUGCGGCCCGCCAUUUCAGUGCGGACCCUUUUCCACCUCCUGCGGCACCGUUGGCGGGCUCAGUAAUGGUCCCUUCAGUCUAGUGAAGGGUGAUGCCUUGCUAGGCGCCAACACCUCCCUCUCUUCCUGUUCUCUGGAGACCGACCACAAGGCGAACAUUAAGCCCUUCAGUAUACCACAAGAGACGGAAUCUGUAGCAUAUUGUAAAGCGUCGCCCAAUUCCUGUGAUAUUUCGUACUCUCUCAGUGCCUCCAAGGUCCCCACACUCCGGAACCCCAGGUUCUGCUCGCAAGGCAUUCCUGCUAGAAGGUUCACUAAUCCUGAGGUGGUGAGGACUCAGCCCACGUCUGGCGGCUUACUCACCACCUCUUGUGACCUCAUGACCUCUCCUCCUGGAAAGUGUGCGUGUGUCAAUCCUGGCACGAGUCAUGCAUGCGCGACAAGACUGUCACACAGGUCUUCACUUGGCGUGCUCAACCCCUUAUUUGAGUCUCAGAGCUCCACCACCAAUGUUACAUACACCUCAAUGCCUUUAUCGCCCAGGAAGUACUCCUUUGAUCUAGGACUUGUGACGAAGGCUAUUGAUUUACCAGACUUUCCCAAAACCUCAGUGUCUAAGGUCAAUAUUCCUAGUCAGCACGAGCCCGCUGGAACAACAGUGAGUCUUCCGGGCAGUCUCCAAGAUUCUGCCGUAAGAGAUACCAGUAACAGGACCUCCUACAAUAGACAAAUGCAGCUAUCCCAGCGACCUUCAUUAGAGAAUCUGCCUUUCCAGUUCCAAGGUCAGGCAGUAAGGUCUCCCUCGACAGCCCUUUGUACUAGUACAGAAUCCUUAAAUGGUAACACUGAGCGCUCCAGACAUCAACAUCUUGGUGAGGUUGAGCCUCUGGUGUUGGGAGAUGGACACGGGACCCUAUCAAACCUGACUGCAAAGUCCGGGUCACUAGGGCCAUUGGAUACCAAUAUUAAAGCACCUGUAGUGACUUCACCAGACUGGUUCAGCUUUUUAGCCCCAGCACAGGACACGUACACGCAGAAGCUCUUCACUCCCGGCGACCUGCACAACGAGUUACUGUACCCGGCACCAUACGGCCACACCUCUGAGGUCUACCAGAACGUCAAUGCUCGUGAGGCAGACUUUGUUCUCCACAGACCCAACAGGAAGCCGAGGACGGAGCCUCUACCGCAACCAUCCACAGUGCUCUCAACCCAGAAACCGGAGAGUGACCGUAAACCCCGCAUCAUUGCGCCUCUUGCUACGGAGGACGAGGAAGCGUUGAGAGAAGGCGCCCGAGAGAGCAUCAAUGCUCGCCUCACUGAGAGACGCAAAAGCAGCCUUGAAAAAAUCUUCAUAUCCAAACCUGGCGAUAUUUUUGAAUUGCCGCUAAAUAUAAAAAUCGACAAUUUUGACAGAGAUGAAUAUGUGGAAUAUAAGAAGAGAUUCAGCGAGACAGACGCUCUCAUUAUUGACUGUCAGAGGAUCGCGUCACGAAGUGCCUCUCAGUGUGAAAACUUGCGGGGAGACUGUGAGGCAACGGCUCCAGACUCGCGUAGAUUAUCUCAGAUAUCUGACACCAAGAAAGAUGCCCCUAACUGCGCUCUCCCGAAGAAACACUCAAGCAAUUUAGGCAGUGGUGAUAUGAAAUCGGAAAACAGUGUAAUUACAAGUAUGCCUUCUGAGGAAUAUGGAACGCGGAGACACAGCCAAAGAAACACCGAUGUCGCAGCAGACUCGGGUCGGUCCUCAGCGCCCGACAGCGACGGCAAAAACAAUGAUUCCCACACUGAGGGAAGGGAAAGAGGUGCCGGAACACAACCGCCCAACCACCACUUGCUUUCCCGCCACGAGUGCCACCUUGACAAACAGAUGCCCUCCAAGUUGCCCCGCAAGCAGUCACUUCCAACCGAGGAUCUCUUCGGUAGCCUCCGAGCUCGACCCGUCAUGAGAAAACUGAGUCUCAUCACCCCGCUGCCCGACCACCUGCCCCUGGACGCCCCCUGCUGUAGGGCGGCGUUCGUCCCUCUUCGAGAGGCCGAAGAGACCAACAUCUGCCGCCAAGAUAAAUGUUCCAGUGGAGUGCACGCCACAGUUUGUUCCAGCGGCACGUUGAAGGACAUGAUCAGGUCCCGCCAUGUGAGGGAUGAGAGGCCGGGUGGAGGAAAGAAAGUUAGGAAACUUUCAUCGGGGACCGAAAGCUGCUCACCAUCUCCACCUGUUAAGUCCGGUUCAUGUACCAGCAGAGAGAGCACAAGGUCUGGAGAACACGUCAACGCCUCUAGAUUCAAGGAGGAAAUUACAAGAGACUCUUAUCAUCGUCAUCAGAAGCAGCAGCACCACAACCAGCAGCAGCACCACAACCAGCAGCAGCACCAUUCCCAGGAGCAGCAGCACCAUCACCACCAGAAGCAGCACAACACCCAUCACCAAGAGCAGCAGCACCACCACAAGGAGCAGCAGCACCACCACAAGGAGCAGCAGCACCACCACAAGGAGCAGCAGCACCACCACCACCAAAAGCCGCACAACAAUCAUCACCAAGAGCAGCACCAUCACCAGGAGCAGCAGCAGCACCAUCACCAGGAGCAGCAGCAGCACCAUCACCAGGAGCAGCAGCAGCACCAGCACACGACGGGCGGCACCCGCCACGACCGCAGUGCGCCUCAGAACCUUCAAACACACAGAGAGAACCCAACCUCGCCCGCUCACAGAUCCAAGAAACUUAAAGACACAACGCACAGAUCACCCGGGAGGUCGCCGAAGAAGGCGCAGCUGCCGGUGCAAGACCCCCACACCAAACUAGGGACCUUCCCGAGUCCCCCAGAGCAGGAAUUCACUGAUGAGAUCUUCACUAGUCAGGAGAGUGGAUGGGAUAGUAGACGUUCCUCCCUCUGGAGUCCUGUCGUCCCCUACCAGCCACUAGUCGACGUCGCCUCCACCAGCCCAGACACCACCGCUCCCAACACGGGCGUCGCUCUACCAACGCCACAGACCGGAGCAACCAGAAAGCAGCGACAAAGGCGUCGUCUCGGGCGACGUCCGACACGACGCAACGAGAAGAACGACGACGAGGCGUCCUCGUCCUCCUUGUCGCCGUCAUCGCGCUCUAGGUCGUCGUCCUCGUCAACCCUCACGUCGUUCUCGGGGGGCUGUAACCCCUCGUCCUCCUCGUCGUCCUCGUCGUCAUCGUCAUCGGGCUCAGACUCAUCGUCCACAUCGUCAUCUUCCUCAUCGUCCUCUUCAUCGUCGUCAUCUUCAGAUUCCUCCGACAUUGAUGACUUAAUUCUCUGAUUUCUGGCGAGAGGUGUGGUGACUAGUUCCUUGACACACCCCCCCCCAAUCACCCCCAACCCCCACUACAGCCUUGACCCCAACACCCCCACCACACUAGAGCGUGACCCCAGCACAUUAGAGCCUUGACCCCAGCACCACCCCACCACACCGACCCUGUAAACCAGUAUCCUCUCGUAUGAUUCUAGUGGCCAUUGACUGAGUUGUCUGCUAAGUCACUCACAAGAAGACUACAGCCCAGGCGGCCAGAGAUCAUCUACUAUCUUGGUACAAAGAAAACAUGAACACUGUGGGGGGGGGAGAGUGCAGCUCACUCGAGUGCGGGUCGUCUAUAGCGUCGCCUCCAGGGGACAGUAAAGUUGACUUGCUCGAGACCCCCUCCCAUAUAGUAUGUGUGUCUUUCACUCACACACACCCCAGACUCAUCCACAUAUAAACUGCUAUACACACAGCCAGUUUACACAUGGCCCAUCACACAGUGCAGCAUUUAACGACACAAAUAUAUAUAUACAUGUGUACAUAUAUACUCGAUAAAAUGUUGCAGAUGAAUGAAUGAAUGCAGAGCACUUGGUUGUAUAAAUCAUACACACGGUAUUAUUUUAUACAGCCAAGAGUUAUUCUGAAUGUUUACUAUAUCUCCAUCUAGGUGAUUAUAUUUACAAGACCACAUUUAAAGUUGUGGGACCAAAGAGCGUGGUCCAUGCCACUGAGACAAGGUAGAUGAGCCUGGCAAACAUGGAAAGCUGGAGUUGAAGUGUUUACGCAGACGGAGAGAGAGAGACGAGCGCUAUACGAACGUCAACAGUCGAGAGCCUCGAUACGGCUUCAGCUGACGAACGCUCAGUGUGUGUCGUCAGCGGCUCUGAUUGCUUUCGUGUGAAUGUAUCGAUAUAUAUAUACCUCUUCAUAAGUGAUGAUAACCAUCACACGUUUAUGUAUUUUUAUAAGUGUGUGCGUGUGAUUGUUUAAAGGAAGAUAUUAGUGGCUAAGUUCGUUUAAUACAACACAGGUAUAGGUAUACAUAUAUAUCUAAUGUACAGCACAUAAAUCAAAUAUUUCAGAUGCUAGAUAUCAAAUUAUGUAUCUCUCUCUCUCUUUUGAGUGCUCUUAAAUCCCGGAUGGAUCAAUAGUCAUCCUUUAUAAGUAUCAAAUCUUGAACAGAUGAUAAUGCCGAAAAGACCAGGAUAUCGUCUUAAAAGACUAUGAUAGCCUGAAGCCUAUGAUAGACAAUGAUAUCACGAAUUAUAGGAUAUUCUUGCAUCAUCAUGUUCAGUUGCAUGAUUUUUGUUGCUAUAUUAAGGGUAACGAGUGUGUGUGUGUGUGUGUGUGUGUGUGUGUGUGUGUGUGUGUAUGUGUGUGUGUGUGUGUGCGUGUGCGUGUGCGUGUUUGGGGACGGGGGCAACGCUCUCUUUAAAAACAUAUUUUUAUCUGCGAGGGGAUUUUAGCCCACCUCGAUAUUAUAGACUUACUGUGCCAAAUGACGACACACACACACACACACACACACACACACACACACACACACACACACACACACACACACACACACACACACACACACACACACACACACACACACACCCUCCCUCUAACCUACGUCUCUAGUCAUGCAUAUCAAAGUGCUAUUGCAUACAUCAUGUAUAAAUAAUAUAAUCCUUUCUCAAGCAGUAUACAAAAUAAAUUAUAAAUAAAGAUUUCUUGUUUUUU